GGGUGCAGAUUAUGGCUGCAUAGCUGCUGUCCUCAUCUUACCCUGAGGGGAAGCAAUAACAGAUAAGAAAGAUUCCUGACAGGGCUGUGAACAACAGGAUGAGGCACAGUGGGCUUUCAGAGAGAGAAUCCAGAAUAGUAAUGGAAGCAACUGCUUCAAGUAAGACAAAGGAAGAAGACCUUAAGAGUGCAAGCACAGCAGCAGACAUGAAAUACUUUCUUUUAAGAACCUUUGGGAUGGAAGAGGACAGAAUGAUUUAAAGAUGAGCCGAGGGACACCAUCAUUCUUCUCCAGUGGGACCUCAGGCUUUGCCUGCAACACUAGCUUCUAGUUCUGGUUUCCUUGUGACUCGUGCAAAGAAAAAAUGUUGAAAACCCAGCAGGGCAAACAUCUUACGAUAUCACCUAGGAGGAGGUCAUAUCGCUGUGAUGUUUGCCCCAAACAGUUUGAAACCCCUUCUAAGCUUGCAAGACAUCACCUCACCCACACUGGCCAAAAGCCCUUCGAGUGCCAGGAAUGCAGCAAGUCUUUUCGGCAGCUUGUCCACCUAGAGAGACACAUGAUCACACACGUGUUGCCUUUCCGGUGUAACGUUUGUCACCGUCACUUUAAAAACCCAGAAACAUUUUCAAAGCACCAGCAACUUCAUAAUGAGACCCCCGCUAGUCAAGUGAGGCCGGUGAGGAAGACAUCUGCUGCUCGUAUGAGAAAAUGUAGGGCUGCCCCUGCUUAUUCUGGAUGCCGUAAGACUUUCACUCCUGAAGAAAAAACACUGCCUUAUCAUUGUGAAUCUGAACACGUUACUAUCAGCAAAAAAAUUGAAGAUCGGAAAUGUGAGAGGUGUCACAAAGUGUUUCCAUCUUGUUCGAAGUUGGAGAGGCAUCUGCUUGUUCACACUGGACAGAAACCCUUUGCGUGUGCUGUUUGCAGCAAAUCGUUUAGACAGAAGACUCACCUAAAGAUCCACCAACUCACACACAUUCAGGAGAAGCCUUUCCAGUGUAGCUAUUGCUUUAAAUGCUUUAAGACACCAGAGAAACUCCUCAAGCAUGAAGAUGUCCACACUCGACAACCGCAAGUUCCUGAUAUGUUAGUGAAAGUUAAAGACUUUGGGAUGGCAACUUCCAGAGAGAAGGAAGAGUCUGGCGAAAUCUUCUCUAGUCUGAAUGUGAUCCCUUCUCAAUGUCCCUCUUGUGAACAGUGGUUUGAGACGCAACAAAUUCUGGAAAUGCAUAUUUGUUUCGUAAAAGAAGAUAGGAAUGCAAUCAAUUGUCGAAGAAGGACUUUAAACAGAGAAGGAGCUGGAAGACAAAAGAAAAGAUUUGGAGAGCUACUUGACACGGAUAAGAAUAUAUUACCAGAAUCCAACAAAUUAGGGCAUUUUCAUAAAAAGGAUCACAUGGAAAGAGCAGAAAAUCUGGAGAAUGGCGAUCUUGUGUGUCAAGAACUAGAUGGUUCCUUAAAUGCGUUUAAACUACAUCCUGCACCAACAGGGAAGGAGCAGGGUAUGGAACCUGCUGAAAUGCUCCUUCAGAGACACUUUCAACAAGAUUUAAAUAAAGAGUUAGAAUUCCACUUCCGGGGAUUUUUGGGGAAUCAAGCUGCCCAGACCAGUGCUGGAGUUUUCAGUAUUUCAGACCAGGAUGAGCAUGGGAUUGGUGGUGACACACUCUACCGUUUUCUUUGCGGUGCCCAAGGCGUUCUGCUCCAGAGGCCCAAUGUCAGUAAGUGUGAUCGGUGCGAGAAAGUGUUCCCAUCCUUGUCCAAGUUGCGUAGACAUUACCUUAUCCACACUGGACAAAAGCCCUUUGCGUGUGCUGAGUGUGGGAAAAAAUUCCGUCAGUCUGCCCAUCUUAAAAGACACCAGGUAACGCACACACCAAAAAUACAACUUCACAAGCCACAGGGCACACUUGGAGAUGUGUCUCGGGUAUUAAGACAACAUCGAGAACACAAUGGCUUUCAGUUCUCGCGGGUUUAUUCUUUAAACGCUCUAGAUAAUGUCCAAGGCUUUGGUCAAAUGAAGCCCUGUGCUGCCCCAGAAAUUGAGGUGAAAAUAGAAUCCACUGAUGUCUCUUCAGAGAUCCCAAAGUCUCAACGAGCGAUUUGCAAGAAGCGUAGGACAACGGUGCCAAAGGACUACGUUGCAAGCUCACGCCCCGAGCGUCCGUGGAGGCGGACAAUCAGAAACAAGGGUUUCAAAAAGACCUACGUGUGUAGUGUGUGCACUAAAAACUUCCUGUCCCCUUCUAAGCUUGAGAGACAUUAUCUCAUGCAUGCUGACCAGAGACCCUUUGAGUGUUUCCAGUGUGGCAAAACCUUCCGUCAGGACCCCCACCUGAAACGGCACCAGCUCACACACAUUCGGCUUAAGGACUAAGUGUUUUGCAUGU